ACUCUGCGUGGUAUUGGUGUUAUAGACGUACUAUGCUGUCGAUAUGAACAACAUGGGGGAAAUCUCUCUGCCCCAAAUCAACGAUACUAUGGGGACACCUUCGUCGCCUUACUCAUACAAUAUUCGCAUUGCUUUAGCCUGCGUGUGGAUCUUGGUCUCCAUCCUGGGCCUCGUUGGAAACAGUCUCGUCAUCUGGUCCGUCAUCCUGUCCAAGAAACUCCGCACCGUGACCAACGCCUUCGUGGUCAAUCUCAGCGUGGCUGAUUUCUGGACAAGUCUCUCCUACCCGUGGAUUUGUGUCGCCGCACUGAGCCACGAUGGCUGGCCGUUGGAGUCCGAAGUUCCUUGCCAGAUCGCUGCAGUGCAGUUUUACACCGGUCUUGGUGCGAGUCUUUAUACUUUGGCCUCCAUAGCUUUGAACCGUAUGGUCCUCAUCACUCAAACCACGAACACUUACAGCUGUUGGUACACCCCUCGUAGAGUAGCCGUCAUGAUCGCAAUGACUUGGGUUAUCCCGUGUGUUGUGACUUUCCUCCCGCCGAUUCUGGGCAUUGGUGCGUUUGGGUACGAUCCACAAGACAACACAUGUUCAGACAAAGAUGGUCAUCUUAGAGGCUCUGAAUACAACCUGAUUCAGUCUUUGGGUCUAUACCCAGUCCCAAUGCUCAUCAUCAUCUGUUGCUACACGGAACUCUACAUCCAUCUCAAACGACACUUCAGGAAACAGAAAAAGAGCAGAUCUGUCAAGAACAGUCAGUCAAUCUCUACAGCGGUUGGUUUGGAUGGUGAAACGUCCACCGGUUUUACUGUUGCCACUGGGGAGUCGUCAGUGACUAAUGCUGAGCACGUCGCCAAGAAAGCCAGGCAGGUCAUCAGCCGUCAGCAACUAGCUAUCACCAAGAACCUCUUCCUUGUGUUUUGCAUCUUCACAUUGUUACUGUCUCCUUAUUUUAUCUCUCUCGCUAUACCAUCCAGUCGCAAGUUUGCCGUAUACGCAGGUACCGUUGCUAUUUUUAAUAGCUGUGUAAACCCCAUCAUCUACGCAGUCAACCACCCACAGUUCAAAGUGGUAAUGCGGCAGAUCGUUACGUGUCGUUACUCUGAGAUACAGGAGCCUUCAGAUUUACUGAAAUUCUUGCUUUCAUUGGGAAAGAAUUAACAAAUGUUAAAUAACACAAUCGACACUAUACCUACUACCACCAAUCUCAUUGAUCGACAGAUGGCACCACAUAUUAUGACCACCUGCGUACAGCCAUGGACAUAGCAACGCCACCACAAACUUUGUGAAGAUCGACACCACUACUAUCUUCAAUACAAGCACUUACAUCAUCGACACUACCACCACCACCGACGUCAUUCAUCGAUACCACAGAUGAACACCACCACAAACUUUGUCAUGAUCGACACCACAUACCACCACAUUUUUUAACCAUCGACAGCAACAUAAACUAUCUUCAAUACAAGGACUAAGCUUCCAACAUCGACACUACCACCACCAACAAUUCAUUGACACCACGACCACCUGUGUAACCAUGUACAAAGAAACACCACUAUCAUCUUUUUUAUGCGACACCAAAUACCACUAAAUGUUUAACCAUCGACAGCAACAAUAUUAUCAUAUUCAAUACAAGCAUAUCAUCGACACACUACCAACAACUUCAUUCAUUUACACCACAGAUGACCACAUGCGUAACCAUGGACAUAGCAAAACCACCACCAUCUUUGCCGAGAUCUACACCACUAUUAAACCACAGUUUAUAACCAUCAAGAGCAACAACAUCUUCAAUACAAGCGUUUUUAUCAUCGACAUCUUCGCCGGCACCAGUGAAAUUGUUUCAUAAAUGACACUAACACCAUCUUCAUCAUUGACAAUAGAUGGAGAGGACACGCGUGGGGAAAAUGUUAUGAGAACACACAAAGGAAAUCUUGACAAAAGGUUUAAAUAAUGUGAAAUGAGGAGACACGAAGGAAAAUGGAGUUAGAUCCUGCCUAAAAUAAACUUGAACAAUAUAUUAAUUAAAGAAUCCCAUUCAUAAAUACCUCAGACAGUUUCGCAAUUCCUAUUGGUGGAGAGCGCGUCACGUGGGGGUGUU